AUUCGUUCCUCUGCUCUAGACGGUGAAGCUGUGUCGCUUGGAAAAUAUUUAUUUUCUUCUUCUGAAGGUAAAUAAAAUCACAAAACAACAAUGAAAUUGAUCAUUUUGGGUCUCUGUAUUCUGCUGGGAUGCAUUCAUGCUACACAAGCCUUGCGCUGCAUGCAGGGGUUGGAGGUUGAAAAUGGAAACGAAAAGAAGCAGGAGAAGCCCGCGAACCCCGAAUUCACCGAAUGUACUGUAACUUCUACUGCCCUCUCAGCAGCUAGUUUGUUGCUGGUGAAAUCAAACACUAUUUCCUUUCCAUCAUCCGAAUAUAAGUGCUACCAUCUGCGCUACGAAGAAAAGAAUACUAAAGUGGCCACCAUCGUGAAGGGUUGCAUCUACAAGAGUCAGGACGUGUGCGAUGGCAAGUUCAAGACCGAUACUGUCAGCGAGGUAUUCUGCAGUCAGUGUAAUGAGGACGAGUGCAAUUCGUCUAUUCGCUUUGCAUCGGACUGGAAGAUUCUGGGUCUAACCAUGUUCGCCAUACUAGCCUACCUCAUGCAAUAAGUUUAACAAAACGCUCUACGAGCAGCAUAUUAACCUCAAGCAAUUUGAAAACAUUGGUACAAUAUUAGAAGUGUAGUGUUUUAACGAACCAAACUAACUCAGGAAAACGUACGCCUUUGCCGGAUACGGAAGUGUUCAGCAAAAACACCCAAACUAGUACUUGCAAUAUUUACACAUAUCAACGUAUCUCAAUAGUUCAACAUUGAAGUUAUUCAAGUGACCUCAAGCUAGCUUCCAGAAAACCAAAGCCUUAUGCGAAAACAUUGUAUGAAUCUCUUAUCUCGAAUGUUUAACUAGGAGGCCUACAAAAGUAACGAGAAUACUAACACAAUUGGUUGGUUUUUUGCCUCCAUCAUGGUAAUCAAGAGAACAGUUUACAAAUACUUAGAGUAGUGACAGCAAAUAGAUCAUAAACAUUAUCCGUAUUGCACGUUUUCUUCGGUCCAAUGUUUUACCAAUGUAGUGUGGCUUCUUUUUUGUAAUGCUUCGAGUGAAAAAACCGCAAUAAAUUCCCCAUCAACAGACCGUUAUGGCAUGUUGACGUAAUACCGUC